AUGUUCAAAAAUCUGGACAGUGGCAAUGUGCGUAUAAACAGGUCUUCUCGUCAAAGGUGCACAUGUGUUGCAAGAUCACUUACAGCCUCACAGACAUCCAAUGCUCGGAUUAUGAACAAGGGAACGGAUCAGAAUAUUAUGAUACAGCUUGGUAUCACAUCUAACGAGUACAAUCUCGUGACCGUGCUUUACUAUGUCCCAUACAUUGUGUUAGAAGCACCCUCAAAUUUACUGCUCAAAAAAUUUCCUCCCUCAAAGUGGCAGUCAAGGAUUAUGCUCACCUGGGGUAUUGCUCUUAUGUGCAAUGCUGCUGUGAAAAACAAGGGUGGGUUAUAUACGACUCGGUUCUUACUGGGUGUGGCCGAGGCUGGACAGUUUCCCGGUGUCAUUCUCCAGAUGACUUACUGGUAUCGCCCGGACGAAAUGUCCUUGCGACUACUCUAA